UCCUCGCCCAUAAGCCCUCCCCCCUCAGCCUGCCUUUUUUACCGUCUUGCAGGGCCCCUUCCCCCCUGAUCACGGCAAAUAUGGCAUUCCGGCGCCCCGUGAUGCUGUCUGCGACAGCGUCAUCGACGGCCUUCCUGGCUGUGACCAGCAGGACCUCGACCUCGCGCCUGGCCGCUACUGUUCCGCGAUUCAGCAACGUCUCCUCCCUCUCCUCCUCGGCGCGAGCCUCCAGCAGCUCGACCUCCGCACUCGCCUACAAGGCGCUGCACCGCCGCUCGCCACUCCCGCUGCCCGUGUCCGACACCUCGCCGCAAUGGGACGCGCCGACGGCGGUGUCGUCUAUCCUGUACGAGACGCCGACGACGCCGACGAACCCGCCCAAGCGCCACAUCCUGAACUGUCUGGUGCAGAACGAGCCGGGAGUGCUGUCGCGCGUGUCGGGAAUUCUGGCCGCCCGCGGCUUUAACAUCGACAGUCUGGUGGUGUGUAACACCGAGGUGGAGGAUCUGUCCCGCAUGACCAUCGUGCUGCAGGGUCAGGACGGAGUCGUCGAGCAGGCCCGCCGCCAGCUGGAUGACCUGGUCCCCGUUUGGGCCGUUUUGGAUUACACCGACUCGGCGCUGGUGCAGCGCGAGCUCCUCCUCGCCAAGGUCAGCAUCCUGGGCCCCGAGUUCUUCGAGGAGCUGCUCCAGCACCACCGCGAGAUCACCACCCCCGGCGAGCAGUCCGGUGCCUCCCAGAAGAACAUCGCCAAGACUGAGUUCCACCCUCGCAACCUGCCCCAGAGUCAGGCUCUCCGCCACAAGCACGAGCAUCUCGAUGCCAUCACCCGCUUGACUCAUCAGUUCGGCGGCAAGGUCCUCGAUAUCAGCACCAACAACUGCAUUGUCGAAGUCUCCGCUAAGCCUUCCCGUAUCGACUCCUUCAUGAAGCUUAUCGCUCCCUUCGGUGUGCUCGAAUCCACCCGUACCGGUCUGAUGGCCCUGCCCCGUUCUCCUCUCUUUGAGCCUACCGAGGAGCUGGAGAAGGACGCUGCCGACGUUGUCGAUGCUAGCACCCUUCCCCCUGGUUAAACUUUCCUCCCCACCUCAAAAUAUCCAACGUCGAAUAUCCUGCAAUGAGAACCAGUCUGUAUUUUUUUUUCUUCUUUUUAUUUUCAAGCAAGACUCCAUCCCUGUAAAUUUGUCAAAACACUUGAGCUAGGAAUCUAUUUCGGAUAAUACGUCAUUGAAGCUUCUGAGUUUGUUUUAGCCCUUGUCGAGCUAUGAG